UUCCAUUAGCGGCCGGUCCUCCGCCGUGCAGCAUCAGUCCGCCGAAGCUACUCUGAGAGUGAGAGUGGGAGGGGGGAGGAGGAAUGCCGGCGUGAGGUGUGAGCGCCAACUGGUGAUGAAAGCUCACUGGGAGGAUACAGGAGUCGGAUCUUUGGACCCAGAGCUUCACCGCUGGGCAUCCUUGCUGGAGCUCUGUAGAGAUGAGAAGAGUUGCAAAAAAGAUUGAGACAGGAGUUUGACAGACGUAGACAACGACUAAGGAAGAAAGAAGAACUGCAGGCGGAUCAUCCAUGAUUUAGGAAGCAUCAAGAGGACUGCUUGGAUGAGUUUUAAUCAGACCAGAGGCUUCUUCUCCUGAGGCUGCAGAUGCAUUGACAAACCCCCCUUUUCUGCAGCCACCAUCAUUUUUUUGGGAGAUAUCCUCUACUCCUUAAGGAAGUAAAGUGGAUCUAUAAGAGGACAGAAAGGAUUUGAUGUGCUUUUGCUCAAGUUGCCUUGAUCUCUGGAUUUAGAUGCUUUUUUUUCUUGAGUCUGGGUUUGUUUUCGGCUUCACCGCUGCAGUUCUCUUAAAUGUUUCAUUGGCGUGCAGAGCUCCUUUUAAAAAUGGUUUCUAGACUUUCUUUUCAUAACAAAAAAUGACCGUCAUGCAUUUUAUUUAAUCUCUUUUAUCUCUAAAUCCCUGAAGACUUAUUUUAAAAACAACACAACAACCUUUUUGCAACGAAAAGUGGCAUCAGACCUUUUUUUUUUUUUACCUUUUUUUUUUUUUUGUCAUCUUCUUGCCGAACGGGGGAAACUUCCCCUCGCUGGCGCCUUCCCUGCUGUGGAAAUGGCUUUCCUGGUCCGUUGCUAUGCCAACUGCUUGCAGCCGUGGUCCUCCAAACUUCCUGCUGACCUCAGUAAGAUGCACCUGACAGACCACGCCCACCAGCAGGCAAUGCACAUGCCUCCCAGCCAAUCAGGAUGCAGCAUCGCCAGUGAUUCAGGGAGCAGCAGUCUAUCAGAUAUUUAUCAGGCCACGGAAAGUGAGCUGGGAGACGUGGAUCUGUCUGGACUUCCAGAGGCAGCUGUAGACAGCGAGGAAGAAGAGGAGGAAGAUGAAGAUCUGGAGAGAGCUUCGGACGCUCUUCUUGGACGAGAUGUCGUCAGAGAGUGUCUGGAAAAAGAUCCAGCUGACCGGCACGAUGACGACAUUGAACAACUGCUGGAGUUCAUGCACCAGCUGCCAGCGUUUGCCAACAUGACCAUGUCUGUCCGGAGGGAGCUGUGCAAGGUCAUGGUCUUUGAGGUGGUGGAGCAGGCUGGCCAUGUCAUACUACGCGACAAACAAGAGCUCGACAACUGGCGUGUCAUCCUAAAUGGAGCCGUGGAGAUAAGCUACCCAGAUGGAAGAGAAGAAACUCUCUGCAUGGGAAACAGCUUCGGCAUCUCUCCAUCGCUGGAAAAACAAUACAUGUGUGGAGAGGUUCGCACCAAGGGCGAUGACUGCCAGUUUGUCUGCAUCGCUAAGGAGGACUACUGGCGUAUCCUCAACCAUGUUGAGAAGAACACGCACAAGGUGGAGGAGGAGGGGGAGAUCGUGAUGGUGAAGGAGCACCGGGAGCUCGACCGCAGUGGGACCAGGAAAGGACACAUCGUGAUCAAGGGAACCCCAGAGCGUCUGAUCAUGCAUCUGGUGGAGGAACCAUCAGUUGUGGACCCUACCUACAUUGAGGAUUUCUUGCUGACCUACAGAACCUUUCUUUCAAGUCCUAUGGAGGUUGGAAAGAAACUUCUGGAGUGGUUUCAGAAGGACAGCCUUCAGGACACGGUAACCAGAAUCGUUCUGCUGUGGGUCAACAACCACUUCAACGACUUUGAGGGCGACCCAGCGAUGACGCGCUUCCUAGAGGAGUUUGAGAAACAUCUAGAAGCUACAAAAAUGAAGGGCCAUUUGAGGCUGCUAAACAUUGCCUGUGCAGCCAAGGCCAAGCUGAGACAGAUCACUCUGCAGAAGGCGUCCCGCGAGUCGCCUCUCCACUUUAAACUGCUGGGCGGCAGCGAGAGAGGAUUUGGCAUCUUUGUGGAGAUGGUGGAGGAGGGAAGCAAGGCUGCAGAGACCGGGCUCAAACGAGGAGAUCAGAUCAUGGAGAUCAAUGGACAAAGCUUUGAGAACAUCUCCUUCUCCAAGGCUUUAGACAUCCUGAAAAACAACACACACCUGUCUCUUACUGUCAAAACGAAUAUAUUUGUCUUCAAAGAGCUCCACAGCAGAAUCCUGAAUGAGAAAAAGAACGGCGGCCCCCAUAUUCCCAAAAUUCAGGAGAAAAAAGGCAACCGCUUAUCCAUCCCUGAGCUUCCAGGAGACAUGGAGUUUGCCACAGACCACAAGGCCACUCGCAAAAUGAAGGCCAACACUGUGUCAGGAGGACGGAACCGGAUCAGGAAGAUGCUGGAGAAAACUCGCUUCAGCAUACUUCCACCUAAACCUUUCAAGGGCCUGUUUGGUGAUGGUGGCAUUGGUCAGUCUCAGGAUGACAGCAUGGUGGGUACCAAGCAGUGUCGCCACAGUGUGGUCAUGAUGCCAAUUCCAAGCAACCUGUCGUCCAGCAGUCCUGACCUCCUGCAGCCGGCGUCCAACGUCCUUGACUUCUCCAACCCUGCUGCUUUGGGACUUUACUACAUUCCAGACCAGGUUAUCCGGGUGUUCAAGGCAGACCAGCAGAGCUGCUACAUCAUCAUCAGCAAGGACACCACUGCCAAGGAUGUUGUUGCCCACGCUGUCAACGAGUUUGGCUUGUCUGCAGCCCCCGAAAGCUAUUCCUUAUGCGAGGUGUCUGUCAGUCCAGAGGGAGUAACAAAACAGCGACGUCUACCAGACCAACUCUCCAAACUAGCCGACCGGAUUCAGCUCAACGGCAGGUACUACCUAAAGAACAACAUGGACACUGAGACGUUAUGUUCAGACGAUGACGCUCAGGAUCUUCUCAAAGAGAGUCAGAUCUCCCUGCUGCAGCUCAGCACCAUGGAGGUCGCUGCCCAGCUUUCCAUGAGAGACUUUGAGCUCUUCCGCAACAUUGAGCCCACAGAGUAUGUGGACGACCUCUUUAAGCUGGACUCCCCUCUGAGUCGUGGGAACCUGAAGCGCUUUGAGGAGGUGAUGAAUCAGGAGACCUUCUGGGUCGCCACAGAGAUUUUAAGAGAGCCAAACUCUGUGAAGAGGAUGAGGACCAUCAAGCACUUCAUUAAGAUCGCUCUGCACUGCAAAGAGUGCAAGAACUUCAACUCCAUGUUUGCCAUCAUCAGCGGGCUGGACCUGCCGCCAGUGGCUCGGCUGCGGAGCUCUUGGGAGAAAUUGCCCAGUAAAUAUGCAAAGCUCUUUGGGGACCUGCAGGACGUCUUCGACCCGUCCAGGAACAUGGCCAAGUAUCGCAACAUGCUGAGCAGCCAGAGCAUGCAGCCGCCCAUCAUCCCACUGUUCCCAGUGAUCAAGAAGGACCUGACUUUCUUUCAUGAAGGCAAUGACUCCAGUGUCGAUGGCCUCGUGAACUUUGAGAAGCUGAGAAUGAUCGCCAAGGAGAUCAGACACGUGGUGCGCAUGACCUCUGCAAACAUGGACCCUGCCCUCAUGUUCAGACAGAGGAAGAAGAGGUGGAAGAGUUUAGGGUCUUUGAGUCAAGGCAGCACCAACUCCAAUAUGUUGGAUGUCCAGGGCGGCGCACACAAGAAGCGAGUGCGCCGCAGCUCGCUUCUGAAUGCCAAGAAACUGUAUGAAGAUGCUCAGAUGGCCAGAAAGGUGAAGCAGUACCUUUCCAACCUCACUGUUGAGACAGAUGAGGAGAAACACCAAAUCAUGUCCCUGCAGUGCGAGCCGUCUUACAACACCUUGAGUAAGAACAUGAACGAGAGGCGCCCCACUAAGUCGAACAUGUCUCCGGUGUCUCUUCGGUCAGCUCUGCAGUCCGGGAAAACUCAGAACCGAGUGUCCCAAGUCCUUCAGGUCCAGGUUCCACUGAACCCUCUACGGAAGAAGAGUCUGGCUAAAGACAAUGGGACACCCACCUCCAGCUCCCCUCAGGUGAUAAAGAAACCUCCAGUGAACUCAGAUGACUGGGUCACAAAGAGACCGUCAGAGGACACCAUCUCCAACAUCUCAUCUCUUCACUCCAGCCCCUCCUUGUCUUAUCAGAAUUCACCUCUAAAAGCAGGUUUGGCAAAGUCCCACAAUUCCAGUCAGAUGAACUUAUCUGGAUCUUCAUCGUCGCUGACGAGCGACGCCAGCACAAAGACCGGCACCGUCAGUCUGCGAAGCUUCGGAAUAGGCUACUCCCUUCUUCCACCUGGAAAAGCAGACAACCUCUCAGACUCGAGUCACAGCGAGAUCUCCUCUCGCUCCAGCAUCUGUUCAGUGGACUCGGUGCCGGCCCACGGGUCCGAUGAGCGAUGCGGCAGAACCUGUACGGCCUCUUCCACCAUGGCUGCAUCUACUACAACAGGUGCAGCAGUUGCUGAGAGCUCCGCGGCGUUGCAUGCACACGUAAAUGCUGAUUACAGUCAGCCCAGCACGAGUUCUUCAUUGUUAGCGCGAGGACACCCACCAAGAGCUUGCAACUUCACCCCUUCCCUCUCGACGGAGGAGCUGACGCCAGACCUCACCUCUCUGGACUCGGUAGCAGACAGCGGCCGAGGCAGCUGGACUUCCUGCUCCUCCAACUCCCACGAGUCCUUCCAGAGCUACCCCACCUCCUCCUGUCGACCCUGGGACCACGGCAUCUACGGCCACCCGCUCUCUCUGCCGCACACACACUUGGGCAGCUUCAAGCACCCGGCCAGGCCAGUGGCAGAGGCGGAGGCCGCCAGGCCUGCGUGGGCCGGCGAGGACCCUAGGCAGCCCUCCAGAGACUCCGGCUCAGAUCGCUCGGCUCCGCAGAGCUGGGCGUCUAGCAGCUCCAUAUCAGACAACUAUGAGGGGAAUUAUGGGACAGUAAAGAGGCGAAUCCCGGAGCACCCCUCCUCACCUGCCAACGAGGAAGGAGCGCAAAGCACAGACUCCGCCUACAAAACGGUGACAUCAAGCACAGAAAAAGGCCUGAUAGUGUACUGUGUCACCUCCCCCACAAAGGAUGAGCGUUACCGAGCUCCCCCUCCCACCCCUCCAGGCUACCAGGGUCUGGCUUUGGGGGAUCUCGGCCUCAGCGAAGGAGUUGUGGGAGGGCCGGGAGGUCUGGUCCCCCGGCCUCCUCACCUCAAACCUCCAGACUACAGCGUGGCUGUGCAGAGGAGCAGACUCCUGCAGAGCCCCGGAGCGGCUGACGGUCUGGCGGAGGCACGAAGGGCUCAGCUCCAGCACCAAGACUCCCGGACCUCCAUCUCCAAACAGCAUCUCCACAGACCCCCCAGCGUCUGCUGCCCGUCUCAGGACCUGGCUGACAGUGAGGAUGAUGAACAAGUUUCAGCAGUGUAAAAACGAUGGUGACCCUCACACCUGGACCAAGUCACUCCCAUCAGGACUGAACACGCAGCGCGUCACGGUCGCACUUCAGAGCACAUUUUUCAAGCCCCGCCCACAGACCAGCGGACCUCUCUGCCUCCGUGGAUCCUUUUUAGGCUCAUUUUUCAAUCCAAGAACAAUUACGGAAACAAAACAUUUAUAAAAAAACAAGAAAAUGAGAUUUAAUCUGCCAAAAGAAGAAAAA